CUCCCCUUCUUUUCUUUUCUUUUCUUUUCUUUUCUUUUCUUUUCUAUCCGCUCAGCCUCAUACUUUGCUAUUGUCCUUGGGCACGACGAUUAGCUUUGCUGCGCUCUUUCUCAAGGUCGUGACAACACCAAUCCUUCCCGAAUCAAUGUCGGGCCCGGCCAUCCUCGUCCUCGGCGCGACCGGACCCUCCGGUAUUUGCGUGCUCCGAGAACUUAUCCACCGUGGGCAACCCGCAAUCGCUUUUGUCCGCAACCCGGCCAAGGUGCCACAAGAUUUAUCAGAAAACCCGCUGCUUGAGGUUAUCAAGGGCGAAUUGAGCGACCUCCAAGGUCUAUCCGCUGCUGUUGCUCGUAGCAGCGCUAUCAUCUCCCUCCUCGGCCCUACUUCUCUGCGGGUGCCGGACCCAACCUUAUACGCCUCUUUCUAUGCCGCCCUGUUACCUAUUAUGGCACAGCACAAUGUCCGCCGUAUCCUGGCCAUGGGCACUGUCAGCGCUUCCCUGCCACAAGACCGCUUCUCCUUUCUACGUUGUAUCUUGGUGACUUUUCUGCGCCUUGCGGGCCCAUCCGCUUACCAGUCGAUUUUGUCCAUCACUCGAAUGUUCGAGUCUGAUGCCCACAAGGAUGUGGACUGGACUAUCUUCCGUCUCUUUAUUGUGACUGGAGGUUCUGACGCGGCUACAUGGAGGGCUCUACGAGAGCAGGAAGAUGUCUUUGCUGGCUACGUUGGCGAGCCCGGUUGGACUACUAGUAUCAGUAGAGCGGCUUUGGCCAGCUGGCUUGUUACGGGUUCACUUGAAGGAACAGGCCGUUGGAUACACGACUUGCCGUGCGUGAGUACGCUUGCGAAAUAGAACAUUCGGUUUGGGUUUGAAGACACGUGAGCUUUGGUUAGUUUAGAGUUGGCUCUUAUUAAUAACCUUUGCGGCCUAAAUUGAC